GAAGUGUUUUCACGGUUUGAGCCACCGCGGUUGCUGUAGCUAGAAGCAGAUGAAUGGUUAGACCGACGUGUCGUAUUUCCGCAAAGAGAAUGUGGAACCAGAAUGUACCUUAGCUUUCGCUAGCCGUAUUCAUCUAACGUUGAGGCGGAUUUAGAAUCGAUCACAGUCCAGGUAGACUGGGUCCAGGAGGGCUAACAUCAGUCUUUCUUAGACUGAUCCCAUUUUUGUCGUCCCUUCAUACAACAUAACAUCAUGAUUAAAGCCAUUUUAAUAUUCAACAACCAUGGGAAACCUAGGCUUUCUAAAUUCUACGAGCAUUACAGUGAAGACACCGAACAGCAGAUCAUCAGGGAAACGUUUCACUUGGUGUCGAAAAGAGACGAGAAUGUCUGCAAUUUUCUCGAAGGUGGAAUGUUGAUAGGAGGCUCGGAGAACAAGCUGAUCUACAGGCACUACGCCACCCUGUACUUCGUGUUCUGCGUGGACUCCUCGGAGAGCGAGCUGGGGAUCCUCGACCUCAUCCAGGUGUUUGUGGAAACGCUGGACAAGUGCUUUGAAAACGUCUGUGAACUUGACCUCAUCUUUCACGUGGACAAGGUCCACAACAUCCUGGCUGAGAUGGUGAUGGGCGGGAUGGUGCUGGAGACCAACAUGAAUGAGAUCAUCACGCAGGUUGACGCCCAGAAUAAGAUGGAGAAGUCUGAGGCGGGCAUUGCAGGGGCGCCCGCUCGGGCUGUCUCCGCUGUCAAGAACAUGAACCUCCCAGAAAUGCCCCGAAACAUCAACAUUGGAGAUAUCAGCAUCAAAGUGCCAAACUUACCCUCCUUCAAGUAGUGGCAGCAAAGGUCCUCCGGAAGACGUCGACCAAUGUUUACGAUGCAAGUUGUUUACCAAAACCGAAGUGGAAAAAAUAUCACGUUUUAUCAAAUGUAGGCUAUCUAAUGAAGGUACUGUGGGAAAUCCCCAUUUGGCGUUAAUGUUUUGAACUCCUGUUUGAAAAUGAAUGUUAUUUGUGGCUUUUUUUGUUUGAUGAGAAAGUAUUUAUUUGUUAUUACAUUCCUCUCAGCCCUCUUUGGAUGAGUGCCCUUAUUUCAGGCUGCUACAGUAUUGGAAAAUCAUACCUUAGUAGUGGUUUGUCAAAAACAAACAGAAUAAUAUUCUUAUAUACAAAUAUGCUGUACGAUGAUAUAUGAUAUGCUGAAACUUUUAUCUCUUUGUUUUAUCUGUACACAAAAUAUUUUAAACAAUUUUAUCUAAUCAAGUUAUUUUUCUUGAUUUUAAUAGGUGCAUGUUUUUUUUCUUUUUCCAACCUAAUAAAGUAUUGAAUCAUUUUA